AUGCAUAUAAGCAAAGAUACUCACGAGUUUUCCUUCACCCUCGACGUCGACGCCCCACAUAGGUGGUACUCUGUUGGAGAAACCCCCAUCUAUACUGUUAACGAUGUGGUGACAGGCACAGUCACGCUCCGAGUCAAGAAGGAUAUAAGUGUGAAGGAUAUCCAAGUGAAAAUAUCAGGCCGGUCAAAGACCAAGGUCAGCAUGAUGGUGAAGAAGGGCGACAAAGUGAGGGAGGAAACUGAAACAACAGAUCAUGAACUUGUGUAUGACGUUGAGACCCUUUUCCCUCCUCUAAACGUCAAGCAAGUUUCCAAGAACAGUAAAUUCACUCUGGUUCCAGGUGAGUACGUCCAUCACUUUGCGCUGAGAUUCCCCUUCAACGGUAUGUGUGGUGACCCACAGUCUGUUCGAGAGUCCAACAUGGACAGCUCUAGGUACGAGAGGUCCUCCUCUAAGCACCACAGAACUAAUGAUGGCCAAACACAUGUCAGGUCCAUGCUACCUCCAUCUUUCACAGUGACUGGUGAGAGAACACUGGAUAGCAAAUCUGUUGAUAAAGCAUCAAUCACAUAUCAAAUCAAGGCUUCUUUGCACAGAGGUGAAAUGCUUGCGCCCUCCACUAGGCUCAUUCGUGAGCUUGAUCUCGUUCAGCCAGGACCUGUAUUAUCUCAAAUACCAUCGAUACCUUUGAUCACUUACUAUACCAAUACAAUAUUUUCAGGAAACAGCAGCUACAGACUCAAAUUGAUCUCCCAGCAGACCAUUGUCCCUGGCUACCAGGAGUGGCAGUUGAUGUUGCAGUCAACGACAAAUCGGCCAGUCACCAUUGACUCGUUGUCCUUGGGACUUGAAGGGAAAGUUUGCAUCUACUCGGCCAACUUUAAUACCAAAGUCCACCAUUAUAUACCGUUGAAGAGCUUUCACAAUGUGCCGAUAUCUUCAGUGGCGUUCGAGCCUAAUCCAAAUAAUGAGCCAGUAUUCAAAUAUCAAGCUGACCUUUCACAAUGGCUCGAUCCAGUCGAUUUAUCCAACUCUGUGAGUGACUUUACAACGUGUAAUAUUUCGAUCAGACAUGCUUUAAUCUUAGACUCUAUCAUUGAGGGGGCAUGCAGUCAGUUGGUGGCCCGAGAUAUCACUGUGUCAGGCCCACCGUUGGAGGAGGAUGAAUAUGCAAAUAUUUAUGGUCAUAGACCAUCAAGUACUUUUGAGCCAUCCCAAAGUAUCCAAGAAGGAAAUCCUCCCAUCAAACCGCAAAGGCCAACAACUGUUGCCACGAUCAGUUCAUCAUCGCCAAUUGAAGAGGUCCCACCCCCUCAACCACAGCGACCAGAACAGCUUCCGUCUUACGAGCAGGCAAUUAACUCUUCCCACUAA